UGUUUUUUAAGGACAUAUAUUCUCUCACAUAUAAAACCUAACUUUCUUAUUAUAUUUUUUAGGAUACUCAUACUCUAGAAAUUUCCCACUCUUCCUCACUUACCGCCAUGGAUUUAAUUCCAAUUUCCUCCUAGGUUGUAAAAUCCUCUCCCUUUUCUUGAAUUAAGAAACAAAUUUCACAAAAUUAAUGGUUCAUUACUUCAAUUUUGGGAAAUUCUUUAAAAAUUGAUGCUUUGGGUUAAUUUGGUACGCUGACCACUGGGACACGCCGGCUCAGAAAUUCAUUUCUUCCUUUCUUUUGUUUAUCUUUGUGUCAUUCCAACCAAAUUUAUAAUAUCUACUUUGCAGUGCAUUUGGAUAAGUUAUGGGCAGAACAAAAUAUUUUCCUACUUCUUCUAGGAACUCUCAAGAUAAUACCCAUCUUGGAGAUAAUGAAGAUGAUCAAGGGGUGAUGGCUGCUAAUACAUCUACUACAUUGGAUUCUACAUCAAGAAGAAAUGAAAAUACAGCUAGUGUUGAGGGUUUUAUUGAACUUCAAGAACCUGUUGAACCAUUUAGUGAGGAUGAUGAAGAAGCCAAUGAUAAUGACCUGAGGAGUGUCCAGAUGGUGGCUACACAAACUUCUAAGGCGGUUGUUGAAGCAUCUCAACAUGGUCGUCCAACAAAGAAAAAAAGAGGGAAUGUUUGCUGUAGAAAACUCAUAAAUCUAAUGCCAGGAGAGAAACUACAUGUGACAUUUGAUAAGGAUUGUCGCCCGAUUGGUGAGAAUUCUUCUUUAUUUACAUAUUUUUUGGGUCAAACCGUUCGAAAUCGCACUUGUUGUCCUUUGGGAGUUCCAGAGUGGAAGAACAUUGAAGACCAUUAUAUUGAUUUUGCAUGGAAUGUUGUGCUGGAGAAGUUCACAAUGGAUCAACCAGAAAUGCGCAAAGAGUUCAUUCUCAGGCAUAUGAAUGCACUAUAUCGUGACUACAGAAGGAAGUUAAAAGCUAUAUACUACGACGAUCCUGAAUUGAUUAACCAAGUACAGAGGGAAAAAAAUAAGCCAAAAAAUGUUGCAAAAAGAGAUUGGUUAUACUUGUGUAAACUUUGGCACUCACCAGAUUUCAAGAAUCUAAGUCAAAGGAAUAGAUCUAGAUUGAAGAUUCCUCACUACUCAAGAACAAAAAGCUUUGCUCGAAUUGCUGAUGAAUUAAGAAAGAAACUUAAUCGAGAACCUACUCGCGCUGAAAUUUCGAUUGCAUCACGACAAAGAACAUCAAGUUAACCUGUUGAUCCUGUGAAGUUUGCUGAAAACUAGGAGAUUGUGUCAAAGUUGAAAAACUCCAUACAAGAGAGAGAAGAUGGUCAUAAUAAUAUGUCCGAUGAACAAAUUUUUAAGGAAAUACUUGGUGAAGAAAAACAUGGAUAUCUGCGUGCUUAUGGAAGAAAUAAAAGCAUUACAAAUCAUUUUAAAGAGAAACCAAGUCGUAUCAAUCUUGCUAAUCAGGUUAUAGAAAUUGAGAAAAAAGCUGACGAAAGAGUUGAAGAAGUUAAAAACGCCAUGGAAGAAAAAAUAGAGGAAAAAUUAGCUGAACGUGAUCAAAUGUGGGAGGAAAGGUUCAAGAAGUUGUGUGAGAAGCUUGGAGCACCAUCAGCAAACCAUGAUCAUUAAGACAACUUAAUUUGAUCACUAGGAUGACUAUGUCAAGAACUUAGGAACUUACUGCUUCACCAGGUUAGAUGAUGUAGGGGAUAUAAAAGGCCAUUGAAUUAACAAUAUUUUUUGAGACAUUAUUGACAAAUGAUAUCUUUUGUAAAGCAUGACUUUAUAAACUAGUGAUGGUAUGAUGUAAUUUUUUGGGAUUUUAAUUAUUUGGUAUAAAUAUUUACAAGUAUAAGUUAAUGUUAUUUUUAUAUGUUUAAUUUUA